AUAGAGUUAUAUUUGACGUCUGUCUGCUUACCAGGCCUAGUCACCGAUCAUGAUCGAUAUACCGGAAGUUGAUAUACUGUUCGGAACUCUAUAGCAACCGCGGAAAUGUUCCGAGUAAUUUUUGCGCGACUGUUGCACGUGCAAAGUGCCGUGUUUUUGCCUAUUUAAGCCGGCACACCUGUGUGCUUCGGCAGUCAGAAUAAAUUUAAUUAAAUUCAAUGGUAUGCAUAUGCAUGAGCUAACGGUGACGUUGUCAUCGGGUAGGAUGUCACGUGACGUAGGGUUUAUAUAGUGUGUGCACGUGCUAGUGCGCUCUUUCGAGUUCGUUGCUCAACACAGUACCAUGUACGGCUUUAUUAUAGAAAUGGCGAACAAUGACACACGCGAGGAAGAUAUAGCCUUACAGUCCGACGACAAUGAUAACGGAAAUGCCGCGGAGAAUAUAAUCAGUAACGAGGACGCAGUGUCUCUAUUCAGUAUUACAUUACAGCGAGUGCUACAAAAACAAACACAGAUAUUGAGUAGUGUUCAAGGUGCGCGCUCGACAACCGAGUCCGUGAAAAGGCCAGUGACAAGUGAAUACACAUUCAAACACGAGGGACACAAAAUUCAGUUCCAGUUUAACACGGACAGACUAGCCGGUUUGGACAGCAUUGAAAACGCACUGAGUUUUUCUCAAACUAAAGACAUUGUAAAGGAGGAAAGGGUCGCUUUAAAACAACGGAACAAAUUGUUAAAAAUUGCUGACCGCCAUGGGUGGGACACGGUGCACGAAUACAUGGAUGACCCUUUGGCUGAUGACAAUGAUGACGCAGUUAAGCUGCGUGCAGCCGUGGGCAGAGCGGUCAGAAAACGAGUUUCUGCGACACGAGGAAAGCCUUAUGAAAGGAAACUGUCAGGGCGUGGCCAGCAGUCGGGUCAGGUGGGGGCAUUCAAUCCCGGUGACUUUUUUCGUGACUUUAGCCAAACAUAUGGGCAGCAACAGGGAACAAAUGCUUACAGGGCCAGAGACAUGCUCUGUUAUUACUGCAGACAACCUGGUCACUUCGCGAGGAACUGUCCCAUGUCAUCAGCAGCAGCGGCCAGCGGGAGGGGCAACAAUGUGCAGCAAAACGCCGCCAGCAGUAGCUUCGCACAGAAGUGAUGGGGCACACAGCGUCGGAGGAGCGACACAAGUGACGACAGAGAAAGUUGAGUAUACUGAAGGUAGAGAUUAUGAGUUUGAACAAAAUCUUAGUACUGUAAAAUCACGUUUAAAAAACCAUGUUUUAUUUUGGGAAAAUGUUUUAAAAGCACCAAGUGUUAUUAUAAACACAAUCAAAGAUGGAUAUAGAAUUCCAUUUGCAAGGGAUCCAUGUUCAAACAGUUUGAAAAUUAACAGAUCGGCUUUGAAUAACGCUGAUUUCGUGACGGAAGCAAUAAUAGAAUUGUUAAAAGCAGGCUGUAUAAAGAAAGUCAAACAACCUUUUGUUAGUAAUCCAUUAACGGUGUCGAUAAACAGUGCAGGAAAAAAGAGACUGGUAUUAGAUUUAAGGCAUGUAAAUCAGUAUGUUGAAAAAAUGAAGGUAAAAUUUGAGGGUGUACAUGAAGCACUAAACUAUGCAAAGCAAGGUCAUUAUAUGUGUAAAUUCGAUCUCAAAAGUGGUUAUCACCAUAUUGAUAUACAUACAGAACAUCAAAAUUUUCUUGGUUUCUCUUGGAAAAACGGAAAUGAAGUAGUAUUUUAUCAGUUUUCUGUGUUGCCCUUUGGCCUCAGUAGUGCCGGACAUAUAUUUUGCAAAGUUGUACGUGUCCUUGUGAAAUAUUGGCGUAUGCAUGGAAUUCCGAUCGUGGUGUAUUUAGACGACGGAUGGUGGUGUGCUGAAAAAGCUGAGUGUUUAGAGAUGUCCAAGUUCGUAAAAGAAUCUAUUAUGAAUUCUGGAUUUUUGCCAAAUUUCGAGAAGUCUCAGUUCAAUCCAACAAUACAGAUUGAAUGGUUAGGUUUUUUGUGGAAUUUGGAAAACGGAAGCUUGGAAGUUCCAAGAAAAAAGUUAGUUUCUAUUUUAAAGAAAGUUGACGCUUUCAAAAAUAAGAAAUUUAUUUUAACAGCUAGAAAUGUGGCUUCAGUGGAAGGAAAGAUCAUAUCUUUUAAACCUGCGUUAGGCAGUAUAUGUCAGCUGAUGACGAGACAUUUGUCUAUGUUUAUAUGUCAGAGGGACAACUGGGACGCACGAGUUUCAAUAUCAAAUGAGUGGAAAAAUGAAUUAAUUUUUUGGUCAGAGAGUUUACAAGAUAUUCCAUGUAAUCAUGUUUCAAAAAUUUACUCAACACCAGAACGUAUUCUAUUCACAGACGCAAGCGGUUUCGCUGGGGCAGGUUUUAUGCUUGGGUCAGACAAAAACAUAGUACAUUUUUUUUUUUUUUUUAUACAAAUUUUAAUUCCUCAGCAUUUUGAUAUUCUCAUUUUCAUAGAUCUUUGACAUAUGCAUAUGCGAAUAUUCAGUCGUUGUUGAAGGCUGCAAGAGUUGAGGAGCCCUGGAAUCAGCCCCCCGAACAAUAAAGUGUCCACCCGCAGGUGGUCUUUCACUAUUCGUACACCUUACAUUCAAUAGCUAUGUUUAUACAUGUGUUAUAUAUAAAUAUAUAUUUUAUAGUUAUAUUAAGUUUGUAAGUUGCCCCCGCGCAUGCAUGUAUCAGCCACCCCAACACUGUAUCCGUCUACGUCAUGUCCCUGUAAAGUCUUUUACUUUGCACCCGGACAAGAAUGGGGACGUCCAUUACCUACAUGCACGCGGUAUAUUACUGGUUUAUUUUUUAUUUUUUAUUACAAUUAUUUUUAACAAUACAAAAAAGUAAAGACUCAUUUUGUUUAUCUAAUGAUAGUAUUCGAUUAACAAUUUCUAAUCAAGUCCGUAUGUAUAUAAUUCACUUUUAAUGCCUAUGAUUGAAAGAACCCCACUUAUUCCACUCGUCCACUUUCAUACAUCCGUAAAGUUUGUAAUGACUUACAUUGUAUAGGUGUUUGAUCUAGGUAUGUGUACAUGUAAGUGACAUAAAAAGAGUUACACAUAUAUUCCGGAAAAUUUGUCCAGAUUAUUUUCUAGUUUUAUAGUUGUGUCUACCCAUGUGCGUGUACUAUUCAGGUGUUGGACAGGAUUUAUAAUAUUCCGAAUUGGAGGGCCAUAAUGAAUCCGCUCGCAGAGGUGUGCGAUAUGGGAUUAGGUUGGGAGUUCCGGUAUUCAGAGCGGCGGUCGAACAGAUUCCCUCGAUAAUACGGAAAGGCAGAAGUGACAAUACUAAUACCAAGUACGACACGUAUUUCAAAAUUUCAAGAAUUGGUGUGUAUCAAAGCAUUUAACUUUCUUACCUGCCGCAAUUUCUACAGUAGCAGUCUUCAUCGGUGCUCAAGUUCAAAUGAAUGUGUCUGAAUCGGUUGGAAACGCCUAUUAUUACAGUAUAAAAAGAUAUCAAGAUGUGAACUUGUUGUGUAACCCGUGUGAGGACAAACUAAUCGUGAUGUUGAUGGAAGGCGCCAGGCGUAUGGUGUGCAAGGAAAUUCAAAAGAAAGAACCAAUUUCUUCGGAUAUUAUUAAGAAAAUAAUUCACAAAUAUGGAUCGGACAUUUCCAAUUUGUCAAACUUGAGAUUGUGUAACAUGUUUUUGACAGGAUUUGCAGGUUUCCUUAGAUACAAUGAGAUAGCACAAUUGAAGGUGAAGCAUGUAAAUAUGUUUAAGGAUUACAUGAAGAUAGACAUUGAGCGUAGCAAAACUGACAUUUACAGAAGGGGGAAUAGUAUUGUUAUUGCUAGGACAGGGGAGGUAACUUGUCCAGUACUGUGGAUGUCUAGGUAUUUAAAGCUGGCCGGCAUGACGCGUUUGUGUUUCGUGCGUUGUUCUUGUGUAAGAAAUCUAAGAGCUAUAAGUUGUGUAAACCUAACAAGGCUUUGUCUUAUACUAGGGCGCGAGAAUUGCUUUUGGACGCUUUAACGUCUAUAGGUUUAGAUAAAAGGAAGUUUGGUUUACACAGUUUAAGGAGCGGGGGGGGGGGGGGGGUUAGCGAGGCGUCGAAGAAUCGAGCGGUUUCUGCACGUCUGUUGAAGGCCCAUGGCCGUUGGAAGUCAGAUGUGGCAAAAGAUGGAUAUAUUAAGGAUAGGUUAAACACACAAUUAUCAGUAUCUAAGAAUUCAAAUAUUUAAAUGCGUAUCGUACGUAAAGUCACACACACCUUUAUGGUUUUCGAAUGAGCAACGAGCUAUAAUCCCAUUUAUGUGUUUGUGUUAUCAAUUGAAAUUAAUUAUUUUAUAUGCGGACGAUUGGAAUGAGGGAGAAUAUUAGUCUUGACAUGACUGGUUCGACUCACUUUUCUACUUUAGGAGUAGCUGUAGGUAUAGGGUCUCUAAAACGUAAUAGGAUAAUGUUAGCGUAGAUAGUUUACCAGUCACAGUACUAGCAGUAGUUUCUCUGUAGCCAUGUAGUAUUUUUGUAGGAGUUUUAGAGUCGUGUUUGAACCAUGUCGUCGUCUAUUUUAUAGGCAUAUGGCCGUGUAGCCGUCUGUAUAUAUAAUCAGUUAGGCAUUGUAUCGCCUGUAAAUAAAGCCAUGUUAUUGAGGUGUAUGUGUGCUCAAGUGCGUGACAGUGUGGUCUAAACGCAUGUCCCUGUGCGUAGAUAUUUCAUGUCAUUAAUAAACUACCUGAAUUUUAUAUUUCGAUGUCUGUGUUUAUUUGCCAAACUUCAAUCAUAUUAGACUGUAAGACCCUGACGGACCCAAGAUCACCGAACCUGGGUGUUGGUUUUGAAGUGAA